UCAUGAGCUAGAUUAUUAUCUUUGUGGGAAACAAUGAUGCUUUUUGGCUUCAUUCUUUUUCCAUGUCUGGACUGGACUCACUUUGAUUACUGUUUUAUAGUUGAAGCAAUUUUAUUUGAUUGUGACAACCUUUGCCUCAAGUUGAAUAUGUAUGUAUUCAUCGAAGAAAUUUGUUGGGAAAGACAAUUGACAUGAGAGAAAAAAUCUGUUGAGAGUUAGGCAGUGGAAAGAAAUUAGUAUACAAUCAGUUACUUCCAGUUUGGUGUCACUUACCCAUCUCCUAAUUCUCAAUUAUUCUUUCCAUAUUUCAUCAUAAAUUUAUGGACUGAAUCCCUCAUUUCCACACACAGAUCCAGUGAUGUUCUUGUUUCCCUGAGCAUGAAUGGCUGACCUAACCGAUCUCCCCCCGAUCGUCGCCAGGAACAACUCAGAAGCUGCAGCCAAGGGAAACCGCCGGCCAAAGUCCAUGGCAAUGGCUGCAGCCGAAGGAGAGAGCGUCCGGAGGCCCCGCGGCCGACCCGCCGGGUCGAAGAACAAGCCUAAGCCGCCGAUCAUCAUCACUAGGGACAGUGCCAAUGCUUUCCGGGCUCAUGCCAUGGAGGUGAGCUCCGGCUGUGAUGUGAAUGAGAGCUUAACCAACUUCGCAAGGAGGAAGCAGAGGGGCAUCUGUGUGCUCAGCGCGACCGGAUGCGUCAUGAACGUCACGCUGCGCCAGCCUGCUGCAGCCGCGAGCGGGGCCAUUGUGACGCUCCACGGCCGAUUUGAGAUACUGUCGCUGCUCGGGUCAAUUCUGCCGCCGCCUGCCCCACCGGGGGUCACCGGCCUGACCAUUUACAUAGCGGCCGGGGCUCAAGGGCAGGUUGUUGGAGGGGGUGUGGUUGGUUCCCUCAUUGCGUCUGGGCCUGUGGUGAUCAUGGCUGCAUCGUUCAUGAACGCGACGUUUGAUCGGUUGCCACUGGAUGAUGAUGAUGAGGCGAUUGUCGCCGCUGCUGUGGCGCAGAACCACCAGCAGCAGUAUCAGGGCAGCCGCCAGCAUCACCAUGUGGUCGACAUGCUGGAUGGUUUUGGGGUGCCACAGAGCCUGCUGCUCACAAAUGGUGCACUGCCCCCAGAGGUGUACUCUUGGGCGCCUGCAGGGCGUGGACUGCCAAAGAACUAGCUAGUGAGGAUCUGUCGGGAGGUUCUCGGAAACCAUUUUUAGUUCGAAUUUAGUGCCAUACUAUUAUGAUGGUAGCAAACAGCAUCAGUGUCAGUUGUAACUUCAGUGACUAUUCAAUUAAUGCCAUUACAAACAAACAAUUUG